AUGUUGCGCCGCCUGCUUCCCUUCCACCGGCGCUACUCCACCUCGAACGCCGCUGCCGCGCCGACUCUGUACACGGACGGCGCGUACCCUGUGUCCCUCCUCUCGUGGGGGCGGGGCGCAUCGGGCCAGCUGGGGGGCGGCAAGGAGGAGCGGCGGCUUUACCCGGCGCCGGUCGCGCACCUUCUCCUCCCCGAACCGUCCCCGCGCCUCCCGCCCACCCCGGGGCGCCUACCCGCCGCCGGGGAGACGGAGACGACCGCAGGCGGCGUGGAGGUGGGGAUCUCCUGCGGGCUCUUCCACUCCGCGCUCGUCGUCGGCGGCGGCGCCUGGGUGUGGGGCAAGGGCGACGGAGGCCGGCUCGGGCUCGGCGACGAGGCCUCCGCCUUCGUGCCCCGCGCCAACCCCAACCUCGCCCCCGACCUCAGCGUCCUCGCGCUCGGCGGCAUCCACUCCGCCGCCCUCACCGCCGGCGACGUCUUCACCUGGGGCUACGGUGGAUUUGGAGCUCUGGGGCACUAUGUCUACCAUAGGGAACUGUUGCCGAGGAAAGUGGAAGGUCCUUGGGAAGGGAAGAUAGCGCACAUUGCCACGAGCGGAGCACAUACUGCGGCGAUCACAGACUCAGGUGAACUUUACACAUGGGGUCGUGAUGAAGGCGAUGGAAGGUUGGGGCUCGGGAGUGGGGGUGGUCCAGGUGAAGCUGGCUCUCUCAGUGUUCCUUCCAAGGUGAAUGCCCUGCCUGUUCCUGCUGCUGCGGUUGCUUGUGGUGGCUUCUUCACCCUUGCGCUGACUCCAGAUGGGCAGCUAUGGAGUUGGGGAGCGAACUCAAACUUCGAAUUGGGCAGAGGAAGUAAUUCCAGUGAUUGGAGACCACAAAUUGUCCCUAGCCUGAAAAAUGUCCGUGUAAUCCAAGUAGCAUGCGGUGGAUACCACUCUCUUGCUUUGACUGAUAAAGGUGAAGUUCUCUCAUGGGGGCAUGGUGGACACGGCCAGCUCGGGCAUCCCACGAUUCAAAAUCAUAGAGUUCCACUUGCCAUUAAAGCUUUAUCUGAGGUGCGAAUUGUCUACAUUGCCUGUGGAGGAUCAACUUCUGCUGCUAUAUCAGACAAAGGUGACUUAUACAUGUGGGGAAAUGCAAGAGACUGUCAGUUAGGUGUUCCUGAUCUCCCAGAAAUUCAGCCAUUGCCAGUUCAUGUUAAUUUUCUCACUGAUGGUGACGAGGAUCUGAGCCCUCCUCGUGUCAUCUCGGUUGCAAUAGGCGCUUCCCAUGCCAUGUGUUUGGUCUCGAGGCAACGAAUUGAGAAAUAGCACCCACUGGUUCUUUAGCUUUGUAAAUGCACUCAAAUUUAGAUCUUCUAACCUGCGAGUAGACCCCGGACAAGAUCAUGUUCUCUACUGGUUGGAGCCUGUCUAACCAGUUGGCGAAACUCCUGCUCGGUGAAGCCCAACAUCCGCAAGAAAUAAAAAUUGCUUUUCUGAUAAAACACAAGCAUGCUGCAAUUGCUUGAAUUUGAGCAUUGGAAGUUCUCCUAGUGGUAGAGUUCUUGAUGCUACACCAGGGAUGAAACUGCGAGAAGAUCGUGUGUAAACCAUGUCCUAUUUUAUCUCGAAUUUGAUCAUCUGCUGUAGUUGUUAAGAUGAAUCAAAUUUUGUAGCAGGCUGAUAUUACUACAGGCUUGCACUGGACACUGGU